CCUCCCGGGGCCUCCCGGGGUCCCGGGGCCCUCCCCCGCCGCCGCUUUGCGCUCCCCGCGCGCUCCGCAUCGAAGCGGCCGGGCGAGGCCUCGCACAGCCCCCGCGGAGCCGGUUUCUGGGGCGGGGGUCGCGGCUGCCCCCGGCCCUGGUCCCGGCUGAAAUCGGCUCCGUCUUGAGAGCAGCCUCGCUGCGCAGCCGGGCGGAUGUUUCCCUCUGGGCUCUGGCUCUAGGAUGUUGGAGGGCCGAGAGGAGGAGCUGACCACGGUGCGCGUCCAAGACCCCCGCGUGCAGAACGAAGGCUCCUGGAACUCCUAUGUGGAUUAUAAAAUCUUCCUCCAUACCAACAGCAAGGCCUUUACUGCCAAGACCUCAUGUGUGCGGCGCCGGUACCGUGAGUUUGUGUGGCUGCGGCGGCAGCUCCAGAAGAAUGCUGGCUUGGUGCCCGUCCCAGAGCUGCCUGGGAAAUCCACCUUCUUUGUGGGCAGCACAGAUGAAUUUAUCGAGAAGAGGAGACAGGGACUGCAGCAGUUCCUGGAAAAGGUCGUGCAGAACGUGGUGCUGCUCUCCGACAGCCGGCUGCACCUCUUCCUGCAGAGCCAGCUCUCGGUGCCCGAGAUAGAGGCGUGCGUGCAGGGCCAGGGCGCGCAGACGGUGACGGACGCCAUCCUGCACUACGCCAUGUCCAACUGCGGCUGGGCGCAGGAGGAGGAGAGCCGCCCCGCGCUGCUGCCGGGGGGGGACCUGCGCGGCAGCUGUGCCGGCCUGGGGGGCCCGCAGGGGCCCAGCUGCCUGGAGCCCCUCCCGCACUGGAGCGACUUUGGCAUGGAUGACAGCCACUUGGACAGCCCGGCUGAGCCGGCCGAGCCCUUGGGCGGAGCGCAGGAGCUGCAGUAAAUGGCUCUAGCGACCUCGCCUGCCUUCCUCGGGACCUGCAGCCCUCGCUGGAGGAGGGACUGCCGGCUGAGCCGGAGGGGUGCUCGGGCUGGGACUGGGGCUGUACCGGGACCGCAGCCUCGUCCUGGCUCUGGGGGGUCUGGGGCUCCUGGGCUCUCUCUCCCUGCUGACUCUCAGCUGUCCUCGGUGUCCCAGGCAGCGCGUUCGUGUAGCUUUUCUCUUCAGAGAGGAGAUCUAGUGAUUAGUGAAACCUGUGUUUGUUGUUCCCACGGCCUUUGCUCUCUGAGCGGAGCAGCAGCAGGGCUCGCUCAGGUUGCGGUGGCAGCAGGGCCCGCUGUUCCUGGCAGGUGCCUGGCCCAGGGCAGGGUGAGACACGCUGGCUCACCUCUGUGAUGUGCGGAGCCUCAGAUGGGGAGGGGGAGCUGGCCGCUGCCCGGCACGUCUCCUCGGGUUCGUUCCCCUGUCCCCUCUGCAUGGAGGCUGCGUUGCCCUGCUUACAGCUGCCCUGUGCAGCCCCUGGGGUGCUGGUCUCAGCAGCGCAGAGCCCACCCGCGGGCUGCGUCCCCUGCCCACACCUGGGGUCUCCCGGCAGCGUUUGGCCCCCGGGCUGCGCACGGCUGGGACAAACAGCGAUGAGACCCCUGGGGGGCGAGGGGGGCAGUUUGUCUCCCCAAGGUGUUUGCGGGGCCGCCCCUUCCAGCUGGGAUCCUGAAGGAGAGCAGAGCUCAGCGCACGGAUUGCCAGGCACAGUGGGGAACACGGGAGUGACAAGGGGAAGGGACUGGGGGUCUCACAGGCAGGGCACAGUUUGCUUGGAGCAAAGCAGCGUGCAACAGCCUUGGAGUCGGUGUCUGGCGGCGCCUGGGCUCUGCUUACUCCUGCUGCUGCUCCCUGUGCUCUCCUGCACCUUUUCCUCUAUCCUGAGCACUGGUGAAGGCAGAGCCGACGUGCUCUGACUUGAAAUAAAAUGAAGUAGAAGAGA